AUGCAUAUUCAAAGUAGUGUCGAAGUACAACGUCCCCCAUCGCCACACAUCACAAAAAUGCAUCAAGCGAUGCCGAGUCAAACGGCAACGCAACAACGGGUCUCGCCCGCCACAUCUCCAAAUGCCGCCUCACAAAGCCCCGGAGCGACAAAUAACAACAACAACAACAACAACAACACAAAAAAUAAUUUACUGCCGCCGACGUAUCAAGAGCAACUUCACACCAUCCAAGACUACCUGCAGGAGUUUCAUCAGUGCGAACUGAUCCAAACGUCGGCCCCCAAUGUGCUGUGUACCCCGCUGCCGAAUCACUGGCGCAGCAACAAGAGUCUUCCAUGUGCCUUCAAAGUUGUCAUUCUCGAUGACAUUCCGGACGGGUGUCGGGUACGGAUCAAGGCGGGCAACGACGAAAACCCGUGCGGCGAAUUGCGCAACAGUGAGAGCCUUACACGCGGUCAAGUUGCCAAAUUUAACGAUUUGCGAUUCGUGGGGCGAAGUGGACGCGGCAAAAGUUUCUCGAUUACCAUUAUUAUCGAGACACCGAUGGGAAUUCUCGUCGCCACUUACAACAAAGCAAUCAAAGUUACGGUCGAUGGACCACGUGAACCGAGAUCUAAACAAAGUUACGCUUAUGGACCACAUGGCGGAUUCAAUCCCUUUAUGUUGAACGCUGGCUGGCUCGAUGCUGCUUACAUGAAUUACGCGUGGAGCGACUACUUUAGACAUCAACCGCCGCAUCCGGCAUUAGUUAAAGGAUCUGCCGCCCUAACGCCUCCCGCUGGAAAUGUCCUGCCCGGCUCAAACGAGUUCUUCGGAAACACGACAACUUCCUCCGCAAACUCACCGAAUGGCCUUCCCGCAACUCCCCCAGCAGCCCCCGCCUCGCUUCUCCCGCCAACGGGCACCGGCGCCAAUUACCUGCCUCAAUUCCCCUUCGGUCAACCCGGAUUCCUUCCGUACGAUUUGCAAUCACUCCGUGCCGCCAGCAGUCUACGCCCGAGCACCACAACUCCAACAACGCCAUCUCAUGCCUCUACCGAGCACAUGUCUCGCUUAUCGCCCGCCUCUUCGCGCAAUUCCUCCUCUAGUCCCACGGGAACACCAUCGUCGCAUCAUCUCGCAGCGACGCCCCAUCACCAUCAUUUACUGGGCAAAAUUAACCAUUCACUUGAGCUGAAUUCCACGAACGAACAAUCUAGUGAUCAGGAUUCCGACGAGGAACACAUAGAUGUCGUUAAAUCCGCUUUCGUGCCUAUUUUGAGACCACAAACGCAGCAAAUCACGACAACGGCCAAGCUGGAAAUGGUAAUUGACUCGCCGCUAUCCUCGUCGAAUGGCACAAGUCCGAGUCCGCCACGACAAAAAUGCGAAUUGAAAGCGCCAUCUAGUCGGAAAACGACGCAUGAGACAGCACCGCGCGCCAAUGCCUCCCCAACGACGAAAAUUAAGACAGAAAAUACGCAGAAACAGGUCUGGAGACCGUAUUAA